AAUUGUCUGAAAUCCUGUAAUUUGCUACUUUUAGGUUUGUGUACCAGCUGACAUAAAAUUCAAAUAAAUAAUGUUUUAUUUGGGUAACAACGCUCGAUCAACCAAACGAAGCCUGCUUCAUGAACCUCUUCGUUAAUUACCCGCAGCUGUGACCGAGCGCUGCUUUAAAACAAAUAUCGGUUCAGGAGGUGUGAAGCUCCCGGUGUGUGGACAUGAAAACAAAUCGGCGUUUGUCCUUUUUGUGGAAUGUUUUGGCACUUUGUGUCUUCGCCUCUUAUGAAUAUCAGUCUGCUCCUGGAAGGAAGAAGAUCCUCAAACUGGACUCUCCAAAAUCCACCGCAGACACAAUCGAAGCGACGCAAAGGUUCAGAUCAGGAUUACCGCUUCAAACGGCAGCAAAGAUGGACUUCGACUCCGUGUCGGUGUCCUGCUCCAUGUCCGACAUCGUGAUUCGGGUCAAACCGCACUUCUACGGUCUGGGUGCUGAUUCGGACGAGCUUGUUUUAGGUAGCAGCUGUAAAAGUAACGGAGUCGUCGCACCGCACGGCGAGCUGCUCUUCACGUAUCCGCUGACGGAGUGUGACGUCACACGGGAGUGGAUUCCUGGUUAUCUGAUCUACAAAUUUAAGCUUCACUAUGAUCCCUUACCCAAGCGGUUCUUCAGCAGAGGACAUCGGAUCCAUGUGGACAUUACAUGCCGCUUUCCAAGUAAUCAUCACGUGCACCAGCUGGCUGUGAAGCCCACCUGGACAACUGCCGCUCUACAUAAACGACUGAAAGAGCAUCUCAACGACUUCCGCCUGGAGCUGAUGGACGAUUCAUGGAGCGGACCGGUCCAGUUCCACGUGUACCAGCUGGGACAGACUGUUAAUUUCCAAGCCUCUGUUCCACAUAUCCCCACCAGAGGGCGACUGUAUGUCAAGAGCUGCUAUGCUAGCCCGUCCGACAGCCCCGACUCGUCCCUGAAGUACACAAUCAUCGACAACUUUGGCUGCAUGUUGGACAGUAAGAACGUCCCAGGAGCUUCUUGGUUUGUUUCUCGGACAGACAACAUCGUACGAUUCUCCGUACGAGCCUUCCAGUUUGUCGCAGACCCAGAAAAUGAGGUCGGUGUUCACUGCAAGUUAUUUGUGACAUCAGAAGAUCCGAGUCCUGCUCAGAAAUCGUGCACCUUCAGGGAGAACAGGUGGACGGCGCUCUCUGGUGACGACUCCGUGUGUGAAUGCUGCAGUUCAAAGUGUGUGACGUCUAAACCUCGACGGGCCAUGAUGGAAGGUUCUGCCAGCAGUGGCUCGUUGCUGAUCUCAGAUCAGCUGAACACAGUAAAAAUAGCAGUGACGGCUGAUGAUCUUCUGAAGCAGGAGAUCCUGUGGGACGGAGUGAAGGAAGAGGAAGAGGAGCAGCAUGAAGAAGAUGGCGUAGCUCCUGGAUUAAAGCCAGAACCAGAGUUAGAUGGAUUCAGCUUCAGGGACGGACUGUUGGAGGGUUUAAAUGAGUUUAGAGAAGAUGGAUCAGGAUAUGAAGAUGAUUCAGCAGAAGGUUCUGAGGUAAAGCGUAUGGAUCAUCAGAACCAGGAUGAAGGUGAAGGUGUGACAGUGCUUUAUUCUGAAGGAAAUGGGAAGCACAGACGUGAAGGGGUGGAGAAGGCCUCUGAUGGUGAUGGUGGGUCAAAUGUAGGAACAGCUGAUGGUGAGGAGGUGACAUGGUACUUCACAUGGAGGUAGUACUGCUUUACAUAACCAGUACUUAAAGUGCUUUUCUGAUCACUUUAAUUAAUAAUAAAGAUACUGAAAUGCACUCAUGUUUCUGUUGUUAUUUAAAGAAAUAUUGGAAC